CGUCACAACCCGGGCUCCUGCCCCGCCCGUCCUGCUCGCCCGCUCGUCGGUUCCCCCCGCGGCGGCGGCGGCUGCCCAGUGACAGCGACGGCGCCGCCAGGCCGGCCGGAAUAGCAGAGGUUCGCACGGCCCGGAAAUACACUCCGGGCCCGAGCGCGGCGCGGCGGCGGCGGCGGCGGCGGGGGGAAUCAAGGCCCGAGCCGGGCGGCGCGGGAGACUUCGCGAGGCGCCGGGCGCGAGGCCGGCGUGAGGGAGCGCGAAGGUAGUGGCCGCCGGCGGCCCGGAUCCCGCCUGUCCUCGCGACCGCCGCCGCCGCCGCCGCCGGCAUGAGCCACAUUCAGAUCCCGCCCGGGCUCACGGAGCUGCUGCAGGGCUACACGGUGGAGGUGCUGAGGCGGCAGCCGCCCGACCUCGUCGACUUCGCGGUGGACUACUUCAGCCGCCUGCGCGAGGCCCGCUGCCCGGUGGCCCUCCCGGCCGCCGCCGCCCCGCCUUCCUCCUCCCAGAGUUCUGAGCUCUUUGGGGGCCCCGCCGCCGACGCCAAGGCGGACACCGAGUCGGAGGACGACGAGCUCCUGGACGUUCCAAUUCCUAGCAGAUAUGAUCGGCGAGUGUCAGUCUGUGCUGAGGCCUUUAAUCCUGACGAGGAAGAGGAAGAUACAGAUCCACGGGUGGUUCAUCCUAAAACUGAUCAGCAGAGAUGCAGACUUCAGGAAGCUUGCAAAGAUAUUCUCCUUUUCAAAAAUCUCGAUGAGGAACAACUUUCUGAAGUUCUUGAUGCCAUGUUCGAGAGGACAGUCAAAGUUGAUGAGCAUGUCAUUGACCAAGGAGAUGAUGGAGACAAUUUUUAUGUCAUAGAACGGGGAACCUAUGACAUUUUAGUAACAAAAGAUAAUCAGACCCGCUCUGUUGGUCAGUAUGACAACCGUGGCAGUUUUGGAGAACUAGCUCUGAUGUACAACACUCCGAGGGCUGCUACCAUUGUCGCCACUUCUGAAGGUGCCCUUUGGGGACUGGACCGUGUGACUUUUAGAAGAAUCAUAGUGAAGAACAAUGCAAGAAAAAGGAGGAUGUUUGAAGCAUUUAUUGAAUCCGUUCCCCUACUUAAAUCACUAGAGGUCUCAGAACGAAUGAAAAUUGUGGAUGUAAUAGGAGAGAAGAUCUAUAAAGAUGGAGAACGCAUAAUCACUCAGGGUGAAAAGGCUGACAGCUUUUACAUUAUAGAGUCCGGUGAAGUGAGCAUCUUAAUUAAAAGCAAGACUAAAGCAAACAAGGAUGAUCCGAACCAGGAGGUGGAGAUUGCACGCUGCCAUAAGGGGCAGUACUUCGGAGAGCUUGCGCUAGUCACCAACAAACCCAGAGCUGCGUCGGCCUAUGCGGUGGGAGAUGUCAAAUGCUUAGUUAUGGACGUACAAGCAUUUGAGAGGCUUCUCGGGCCCUGCAUGGACAUCAUGAAGAGGAACAUCUCAAACUACGAGGAACAGCUGGUGAAGAUGUUUGGCUCCAGCAUGGAUCUGACUGAUCCUGGGCAAUAGGUGGACCACACCUCAGAGCCUUCUCAGUGUGACACCAAAACCUUCCAGUCAGCCACAGAACACACACGACAGAACUGUUUCUGCUGUUGCCACCACCGCUGCCAUUGCUGUGGCUGUGGGCAUUUAUAAAACUUGAAAGUCAGCACUAAAGGAUGGGCAGAGGUUCCACCCACACAUCCACAUUGCUUCUCAAAGUCCAUUAUUAGACCACUUGGAAUGAUCACUCCCACCCAAUUUUUACAUCUUUGGUUCAAAAUGGCAUGUCUCUCCAACAGUUUAAGUGCCUGAUACAAAGUCCAAAGUGUAAACAUCUUACUUUCCUCUCUUGCUGCUACUCUUGCUUUUGGAAGACACCACAGGUCUGUACAAACCUACUGUAUGGUUAGAGAUAUCUUCCUCCUUUCAAGGAAGGAUGUAUUGUAGCCUUUGAUCCUCUCAUUUGUCCUUUAAGAAAGUCUGCAUUUGUUCAUAGUUGUAGCCUUUGGAUUUAUGAUGGAAAUGGUGACAGAUGUGAAGGAGGUCUAUGGUCCUGUGUCAUUGUGCUGUCUGCUUCUUGUACUGUCUGUGUCCCACACGCGUUACAGCUCUCUUCAAACUCACAGUGACAUUUAGGGGAAAACCCUUUUAGGGCCCAGCCAAUCCAUACUCCAAAGCACACUGAUUUACCAUUCAACCCACAUUAGAGCAGGAAAUUUGGAUUUAGCACACUCGUCAGGUAGCAGAGAGCCAGGGAAUGUCUUCUGGGUUGGGGGUGGGUUGGGUCUUAUUUUGUUUACUCUCUGUGUGGUUUGCAUGAAUGAGUCAUUAUCCAUUUAUAAGGAGCCAGGGUCUAAGAGGCAUCAUCAUUUUUUCUGACCCAAUACUGUCUUGGGCAGCUCUUACCAUCUCUUGCUUCAUUACUCUGCCAGCUGUGUACAAGCAAAAUUCUAUACAGAGAACCCUUUCCUUCUACUCCAGACUUGUUGCAUAGCUUUGGUAUUGAGUCACCAAUUUUCAAAUAAUUUAAAGAUAAAGCAGUUUUGUUUUGUUUUGCUUUGUUUUUUUAAGAAAUUUUUUUUUGGGGCCAGAGUGAUAGUACAAGUAGAUAGGGCACAUGCCUUGCAUGUGGCGAGCCUAGGUUCAAUCCCCAGCACCUUUUAUGGUCCCCAAGCACACCAGGAGUGAUUCCCUAAGUGCAGAGCCAGGAAUAAGCACUGAGCAAUGCCAGGAUGUGGCACCCCCUCACCAAAAAAAAUUUGGUUUUUUCUCUUGGAAAUUCUCUUUAGAUAUAUUCAUAUUUUUAAAAAAUUAGGAUCUUAUACAAUUUCAUAGAGUUACUGCAAAAAUCUUCCUAAUUAAAAUGUUGGGGUAUUUGAAUUUUAUUUGUUAAUCCAGAGGAAAGUAAGUUAGGCUGUAUUUUAAAACUUUAAACCUUUUUAUUAUGUUGGGCAUAAUUCUGAUGAAUCAUCAUAGUUAACUAUAUUUCAAAAUGAGACUUUUUUUCUUUAGAAUAACUCAGAAUCAAAUGCUACAAGGGAUCUAAGAGCAGCAUGAAAUUUGCAUAAAGAUCAAUUUGAAUUUCAUAGUCAAGUUUAUGUUAAAUCAAGAGAUCCUUUCUGAUUAGAUUUAACUUAUAUAACUCAGUGAAUCCCUGAGAAAGUACACACUGGGCUUUCCUGUUAUGGAUAAUGAUCCUGCAUGGCCAUCUUCCACUGCCCUUGAGCAAGGGACUUUUGCCAUGGACAUUGUGGUCAAAAGGUUUCUACACGGGGACCUGUGGAUGUGGCUCAGUAGUAAAGCACUUGCCUUACUUUACUGUGAGAAUGCAUUCGAUCCCCAGGACCACCAAAAAAAAGAAAGAGAGAAUUCUGAACCGAUAAUCCACCACAAGGAACCUUUAUCAGUUCUCCCGUUUUCUUGGGUCCAUGAAGCAAAAAGCAGGACUUUUUCUGAGCUGCUCUGGGUAGCCUUAAUUGCAAGCCUCAGAAUUUUGAAAGGUUGAAACAAAGACUCUAAAACAGACGACUAGCACUGUGAUGUGUUUUUCCCUAUGAGUUUCCAUGGAUCUUUUAUUUCUCUGGUGUUGCUUUAGUAUCAAAAAAAAAGAAAGAAAGUAGACCUCGCACUUUAGAAGGCAAGAACUACACCCAUUUUUUGCAAAGAUAAUAGGUAACAGUGGGCUUCAGGAGUAACAGAGAUGCAGCCACAGACCACGUGAGGAUUCUUUUUGAACACUGAGCAGAUGCCCUAUAUGCAUUCCCCAUGCCAGCUUGACUUAGGUUGGCUGUGUCCUCCAGGCCAGAGUCAGUUCUAUAGACUGUUAGGAAUGGGCCUUUUCAUCAUGCCAUUUUGCAUAACUCUUUCAAGCCUUCCUUUUCGCUAAGACCUCUUGACAUCCCAAACUUAGUGACAGUUAUGGUUUUACAUAAAAUUCAUCAAAAGUUUGUCUUCCUGCCCUAACUACAGUUUGACAUGUGGGUUAUUAGUUUGUCAACAUAGGUUCCAAAUGCAUUCAGAGCCUCUUGGGAGAUUGGCUUGCAGAAGGGAAUCUUUAAAAGGAAGGAGCAUGAUUAAAAAAAAAAAAAAAAGGACACAGCCAUGGACACGUUGCCAGGAGUCUGACAGCAUUCUAAUUCUCUUUGUAGCACAGGGAAUCAAGAUGGCAGACAGGUCCAACUCAGGGCUGUGGUGUUGACCUGCCCUGUACUGAUGCUGCAUACAGAGGAGCAUGUGUCAGGAUAAGAUUCCUUUGAUAUUGUUCUCAUCUUUGGAUUAGAACUUCAUGCCCUCUUUUCUGGCUUUGCCAUUGAUUUUGGAUGGCAGAGAGUAUUCUGAGAACAUUGAGGUCCAACCUGCAUUGUUACCCUUCCUCUGGCCCCCAAUUUAUGUUAUCCACUCUCCUCUCUUAGGUGUGUUCUGAAGGGAAGGUUCAUGUGCUCCCUCCUUGUAGUUGCUAUUCUUUAUAUAUAAUUUGUAUAUAAAUAUUCAUUGCUAGAGUCUCAGAAAUCAAGGUAAAGCUUCUCUUAGAGCCUUUGUAAAGCUUUUCUGAUUUAAUGAGCCAGUCCAGCAAAAUGGCAAGAAACGGUACUCAGCCCAGAUUCUUUGCUCACAAUAGUCAGUGAGAGGUCCACCAGCACCCAGCAGUUCCCUGGGCACACACCGUUUCCAGGUCGAGUCAGUGUUCAGUCCCCUCAUGUAGAAAUGCUGAAAGAGCAUUAUUUGCACAGAGAAAAAAGAAAAAGACCCAUGAAUGUCAUCUUUUAUCUUUUGUUUUAGUUGGCUAAUGUUGGAAUUUUUGUUAAUGACAUGCACUUGUAAACCAAUCUUGCCAAGAUACAAGUUAUUUCGGUGUUUUUUUUUUUUCAUUGAAAUUACCUCUUGUUCCUCCUGUCUUGACUGCUGACGUUCCUCAGUGAUUAUAAUGUCUAUUUUGUGGGAAGCAGCCUUCCUGUGGGUUUCCUUUUACACACUGCAGGGCUAUCUUUAUACUUAAAAAAGAAAAAAAAGAAAAAAAAAACUGUCACUAACCUCAUUGGGGGGGGGUUUACAGACCCAUCUAGCCCACCUUGAGCAAACGAGCGAUUACUCAUUGUUUCUUAAAUCAUUGUAAUAAAAAAAUAAUAUAGUUUAGCAUCAUUGUGCUACCUCAAAGGUAAAAAUGUUUUAAAGGUUUUUUUUUCUUUUUUUUUCUUUUUUUUGUCCUGAGUCUUAUAUAUAGUGUUUGCGAUGUCUUUCAAUUUGGAAUCAUUUUUUAAAUCAUUGGGAGAAUAUUAUUUUAAUCCAUUUAACACUUAUAUUUUAAUCUCUAAAGAACAAGUGAUUUGAAAGUGAUCAAUUCUUGCUCUGUAGUAUUGAAGAUAUAACUAAGUCAUUGUUUGCCAUGUAAAAGGUUGGGGUUUUUUAAAGGAAACUCUAGGGCUUGGCUUCACACUUGAUUAAUAAAGGCUGACAAAUCAUGUCUAAUUUUCUGCUCCUGC